AGCGGGGCCGGGAGGUACCGGGGCAGGCCGGGACGCACCGGAGGGGGCCGGGCGGCACCGGGGGGGCCGGGCGGCAGCGGGCGCGGCUCUCCCCCCGCUGGUAGGCAGGGACGCGGAGCGGUUGCUGCGUGGGGAGGAGGGGCGGGCAGAGGCGGUAACGGCCCUAACGGCCGCCAGGCCCCUGGCAGGCCUCCCCCGGGCCCCCCGGCCCCGCCAUGGUGCGGCUCCACGUGAAGCGCGGCGAUGAGAGCCAGUUCCUGCUGGAGGCGGCCGGCAGCGACCGCCUGGCCCACCUGGCGGCCCUCGUCGCCCGCAUCUACAACGGGAGGCUGAAGGUGCAGCGGCUGUGCUCAGAGAUGGAGGAGCUCGCAGAGCAUGGCACUUUCUUGCCUUACAAUAUGCAAGGACUGACAGAUGAGCAGAUUGAAGAGCUGAAGUUAAAGGAUGAGUGGGCAGAAAAGUGUGUACCAAGUGGUGGAAGUGUCUUCAAGAAGGAUGUAAUGGGGCGAAGAAAUGGACAUGCUCCAAAUGAAAAAAUGCAGCAAGUUAUAAAGAAGACAAUAGAGGAAGCCAAGGCAUUAAUCUCUAGGAAACAAGUUCAGGCCAAUGUGUGUGUUAAUAUGGAGAUGGUGAAAGAUGCAUUGGAUCAGCUCCGAGGGGCUGUGAUGGUUGUGUAUCCAAUGGGAUUGCCUCCACACGAUCCAGUUAGGAUGGAGUUUGAAGAUAAAGAAGACCUGUCUGGAACUCAUGCUGGACUUGAAGUUAUAAAAGAAUCAGAAGCACAAUUAUGGUGGGCAGGAAAGGAGUUGAAAGAAACAAAGUUGCUCUCUGACUAUGUAGGCAAAAAUGAGAAAACAACCAUCAUUGUCAAGAUACAGAAAAAAGGACAAGGAGCUCCAGGGCGUGAACCUCUGAUUAGUCAUGAAGAGCAAAAACAGAUGAUGCUGCAUUACUACAGAAAGCAGGAGGAACUUAAGAAACUAGAAGAGGAUGAUGACGACUCAUUUCUAAAUGCUGAGUGGGCAGACAGCCAUGCUUUGAAAAGGCAGUUUCAUGGUGUAAAAGACAUCAAAUGGGGGCCAAGAUGAAGCUCUGCAAACACCGUUUUGCCUGUUGAAGCUGUUUGGUUAAUGCACUUGUUUACAGUGAGGAGUAGUGUUGUGUGUGGUAGAUUGUGACUGAAAUUGUCACUUCUGUAGCAGGUGCCUGUUUCAGUUUUUCAACAAAAAUUUGCAUUUCUACAUAACUGUAGCAGCACUUGUCUCUGCAAGUAGAAUCAGUCCUGCUGAAGUUUGUUAUUUUAUUAGAAACUUGUAAUUUGAAUAUUGAAAUGUUAAACUAUUUUAUAGAUAAUAUAGCCAGUAAAUAUGCACUAGAAUGUU